CGCUGAGGCGGCGGCGGUGAUGGCGACCUACGUGAGCGAGCUGGAGGCGGCCAAGAAGAGCCUCAGCGAGGCGCUGGGCGAGAACGUGAAGCAGUACUGGGCCAACCUGAAGCUCUGGUUCAAGCAGAAGAUCAGUAAGGAGGAGUUUGACCUGGAAGCACGCAGGCUUCUCACGCAAGACAAUGUCCACUCUCACAACGAUUUCCUCCUGGCUAUUCUCACCCGGUGCCAGAUCUUGGUUUCUGCCCCAGAAGGUGCUGGAUCCCUGCCAUGGCCAGGUGGCUCUGCAACUAAACCUGGAAAACCUAAAGGGAAGAAAAAGAUUUCUUCUGUUCGCCAAAAGUUUGAUCACCGGUUCCAGCCUCAGAACCCGCUGUCGGGAGCCCAGCAGUUCGUGGCAAAGGAUCCUCAGGAGGAUGAUGAUUUGAAGCUGUGCUCUCACACCAUGAUGCUCCCAACACGUGGCCAGCUGGAAGGGAGGAUGAUUGUCACUGCCUAUGAGCACGGGCUGGACAAUGUCACCGAGGAGGCGGUGACAGCUGUUGUUUAUGCUGUGGAGAACCACCUUAAGGACAUUCUGACCUCUGUGAUAUCCAGGAGGAAAGCCUAUCGUCUGAGGGAUGGCCAUUUCAAGUAUGCCUUUGGAAGCAAUGUCAACCCUCAGCCAUAUCUGAAGAACAGUGUUGUUGCUUAUAACAACUUAAUUGAGUGGCUGAAGGCCUCUCCAGCUACCAAGGCAGAAGGGCUGGGGCUCUUUGUGCCCGGGGUUUUCUCUGAAGCAGAGCCAGCACAGCGAGGCUCCACCUCAUCUCAGGUGGAGGCUCUCCUUGUCUUAGGAGAAGAAACACUUUCCCUCUGAUCUGGGCUCUCAGUUGUGUCUGUGCUGAAGAUGCAAUUGAAAGAAUUAAUUUUUGUAAGGUUCUAUGAAGCAAAGGUUCUGAAAAACCUUUUUGUAGGUUCUGAAAAAGCAAAGAUGAGGAAGAGACAAAUGAUCAAGAUGGAGAUGUCAUCAAAUUCCUGGGUUAUAACUCACUGACUUUGCAGCCCUGAGUCUGUUGGAAGGACCUGUCUGAGGGAAAAUGAAGGGCUCCAAGGAUCUGUUUCACACACGUGAGCUCUGCCAGCCUGCUGGGGAGAGGACAGCGCCUGCCUCAGUGCAUCUGCCUCGGUGAGGAGCUGGGAAACCCUUCCCAGCUGCCAGGCAAAGAGGGUGAUCAGCACGUGGAGCUCAUUGCAGGAUGCUGGGAAGAGCCUUUGAGACUGUCCAGGACUUGUCUGGGGAAAGGGAUGAAUCAGGGUGGAAGGAACCAGGAUAUUUGUGUAUAUAUGUUCUGGCCUUUCAUCCUGAUAAGCCAGGGAGGGGAAGAGGAUGAGGCCACUGGUGCUGCUUGGGUGAGGAUUGUGCAUUUUCUGCCUGCUCUGCCAGUGGCACAUUGGUGUGAGCUCCUGCCUGCUGCAGAGAGAAGUGUCCCUGCCAUGUCCAUCUCAUGCUCAUCCCAGGGGAUACAGCAGGCAAGGAGCCCCAGCCGUGCCCCUGGAGCCCAGGCACGUCUGUGUGCCACGGGGAGAAACUCUGGGCUAUUUUUCACCUAAGGACUGGUGAAAGUGGCAGAUGGAGAAGAGAGCAAACUGCAGACAUCCCUGGGGAGGAUGCUCAGGACUGCUCAGCCUGCCCAGAUCUCACAUCCCUCGCACUGCCGGGGUCCCUGGGGCUGGCAGUGUGACACGGGCAGGGAGCCACAGCCCCGGAGCUGUCAGGCUGUGAAGGCUGCUGAGCACGGCUGCUGCAGUGUGUGGAGCAGAGGAAACCUCUGGCUUUUCUGGGGUUACUCAUCUGGGGCUCUCGGGCUCACUCAUCCCUGGAGCCCUGGGUGCGCACGGGCACGGCCCCUGCGGCAAACACACGGGGGCUGUCUGCAGGCUUCACAGCUGGGGGACAAUGCUGCAGCAGCUGGGAAAUGCCUGUCUCCUGCUAGGGACAAAAAGAAAUCCUCAAAAACCAGAAGAAAAGAGAAUAAUGAAUUUGCAGGCCUCCCUUGCAGCCUCUGGUUUGCACUUCUUAGCGAUGGGAUCCCUCCUCCGGGGAGGAAUGGGGAGAAGCAAAUCGAUAGGAGUUAUUCUGGUGUUGAGAAAUACAACUGUGCUGCUGGUUAAUGUGGUGCAGACACUGAAGUUUGAAGAUUGAAGGCCUCAAGGACUGAUCUGCCACAGGCACCCUUGGGUAAAGGGUCAAGGACCACCUGAUUUUUGGAGAUAAAAAUUAUAAUAA